GGCUGCCAAUUGAAGUCAAGUUGAUUCGUCCGUCGCAAGCGAAUCGACCUUCAAAAGUCUGGCACGUCACUUCUUCAACUCUCCUCUCCAGAGCUCCGCGCGACUCCAGUCCCCUCAACGACUCCCACCGACCGACCGAGCGAAGCGAUUGAUUGUUUGAUCAAACGCAAAAAACCAAUCGACCGGGGCGCAAGCGACCGAAGCGCGAAGCGAACGAACAAGAGGAACACAGGACUCUCGAACCACACAAAUAGCCCAACAUGCCUCAGGAUAUGCCCCCCGCUGGCGGCUAUGAUGCCGUCCAGUACAAGCGCAACCUCCCGCCCAGUGCCUUCAAGCCCAAGACCCUGCUCGCCUUCGGUGGCUUGAUCAUGGUCUACGGCUGGUACCAUCUCUUCCACGGUAUCCGUGAGCAAAGAGAACUCGCCCGCGAAAAGAUGUGGUCCCGCAUCCACUUGAUCCCCGCCCUCCAAGCCGAAGAGGACCGCGAUCUCGUCCGUCGCCACUUGGCCGACGUCCAGCGCGAGAAGGAGCUGCUCGGAGACAAGGCCGUCAAGGUUUACCACGCGGACAGAUAUGUCCGUCCUACCUUUGCUAUUACUCCUGGGAAGAUCAUCAAGGAUUAGAUGUGCACUCGGAAGAAGUGUCGAGGAUGUGGGUGUGGGAGGAACACAGGACUCCCGGGUUUGGUCGUUGGUUGGGGUUGUAGAUACUUGCCUGGUUCAAAAUGAAGGAUGAGGAUAGACUUAGACGAGCAAGCAAGCAAGGUGUUGAGGUGAUGACAGGUUGCGAGGUUUAUGUGAUGCUCAUUCCUUUGACAGGUAUGUGCCCAACUUCCAUCCCUCAUGGGACAGAAGUGAACAUUGAUACCAACAGCUCGGAUGUCUGUUCGACGAGUAACUAGGUAGACCUUUGCAUCGUCGUCAAUAGCAGGGCUGCCGUGAACAACUUCCAUGGUGUUUUCUACCAUCUUUGCGUGCUCUCCUUGAAAGCUGUUAGCGAUCAGCGUCCUCCUCCUUCUAUAGCCAUAAAGUUCGCCUUCAGGUUGUCAC